UUCCCACAAUCCCCAUUGGCCUUGCUACCGGAAGUGAUUUUGUUUGUCGUCUUCUGUUGUGUGGCGGUUGGCGCAACGAGAGCGUAUUUGGUUCGGCCUGAGAAGAGCGUGUAGUGUCGCAGUCAUGCCGCCUGGGCCUGUGCAGAUCAUGCAGCCGGAGCUAAAUAACAAGCCCGAGGACCAGAAGGAAGAGACUCCAGCCACAAAGCCCAUUGUUGGAAUCAUCUACCCGCCUCCCGAAGUCCGAAAUAUUGUUGACAAGACUGCCAGCUUCGUGGCCAGGAAUGGACCUGAGUUUGAGGCCAGAAUUCGACAGAAUGAGAUCAACAACCCAAAAUUCAACUUCCUCAACCCCAACGACCCUUACCAUGCCUACUACCGCCACAAAGUCAAUGAGUUCAAGGAGGGCAAAGCUCAGGAACCAUCUGCAGCUGUGCCUAAAGUCAUGCAACAGCAACAAGCAGCUUCACAGCAGCUUCCUCAGAAGGUUCAAGCACAGGUGAUCCAUGAGACGGUGGUGCCCAAGGAGCCUCCACCUGAGUUUGAGUUCAUUGCCGACCCUCCCUCCAUCUCAGCCUUUGACCUGGAUGUGGUGAAGCUGACCGCACAGUUUGUCGCCCGAAAUGGCCGACAGUUUCUCACACAGCUGAUGCAGAAGGAGCAGAGGAACUUCCAGUUUGACUUUCUACGACCACAGCACAGCUUGUUCAACUACUUUACAAAACUGGUGGAACAAUACACAAAGGUUUUAAUCCCUCCAAAAGGUCUUCUGCUGAAACUAAAGAGGGAAGCUGAGAAUCCACGUGAGGUCUUGGACCAGGUGAGGUAUCGUGUGGAGUGGGCCAAGUUCCAGGAAAGAGAGAGGAAGAAGGAAGAGGAGGAGCGAGAGAAGGAGAGAGUGGCUUAUGCUCAGAUUGACUGGCAUGACUUUGUGGUGGUGGAGACUGUGGACUUCCAACCAAAUGAGCAUGGUAAUUUCCCUCCUCCCACAACUCCUGAGGAGCUGGGUGCUCGUAUCCUGAUCCAGGAGCGCUAUGAGAAGUUUGGAGAGAGUGAGGAGGUGGAGAUGGAGGUAGAGAGUGAAGAUGAAGAGGAUGAGAGAGAGCGCAGGGUGGGCGGACACGCAGCUCAGCUGGACCAGGACACACAGCUGCAGGACAUGGACGAGGGCUCUGAUGAUGAGGAUGAUGGCAUGAAGGCUCCUCUCCCCCCUGAUAACCCCCUGCCACCACCUCUGCCCCCCACCCCGGACCAGGUUAUUAUCCGCAAAGACUAUGACCCCAAGGCAUCUAAGCCUCUGCCUCCUGUGGCCAUCCCUGAUGACUACCUCAUCUCUCCCAUCACUGGUGAGAAGAUCCAAGCCAGUAAGAUGCAGGAGCACAUGCGCAUCGGCCUGCUGGACCCCCGCUGGCUGGAGCAGCGUGACCGCAGCAUCCGAGAGCGUCAGAUCGAGGAGGAGGUGUACGCUCCCGGCCUGGACAUUGAGAGCAGCCUGAAGCAGCUGGCCGAGAGACGUACCGAUAUCUUCGGUGUGGAAGAAACGGCCAUCGGUAAGAAGAUCGGAGAGGAGGAGAUACAGAAACCAGAGGAGAAGGUCACAUGGGACGGUCACUCAGGCAGUAUGGCUCGUACCCAGCAGGCUGCUCAGGCUAACAUCACCCUGCAGGAGCAGAUUGAGGCCAUCCACAAAGCUAAAGGUCUGGUACAGGAGGAUGACACCAAGGAGAAGAUCGGCCCCAGCAAGCCCAACGAGAUUCCUCAGCCACCCUUGCCAUUAGUAGUCCCCAGCCUGCCCAAACCCACCCCACCCAUCAGCACCACACCUGCUAUGGCACCUCCAAUGCGGACUACAUUGCUCCCUGCGGUUCCUAUCAUACCCAGACCUCCAGUGGCCCCUGUGGUGCGCCUGGCCCCUGGGCAAGUUCUGGCCCCCAUGCCACCCAUGCUGCAUGCCCCUCGCAUCAAUGUGGUGCCUAUGCCGCCCUCUGCACAACAUAUUAUGGCACCCAGACCUCCACCCAUGGUGGUUCCUGCUGCAUUUGUACCAGCUCCCCCUGUGCCUCAACCUCCCAGCUCUGUUGCCGCCCCUAUGCCUCCUGCCCAUCCUCCACCUCCUCACGAGGACGAGCCUUCCAGCAAGAAGAUGAAGACCGAGGACAACCUGAUUCCAGAAGAGGAGUUCCUGCGUAGGAACAAGGGACCUGUUGGAGUCAAGGUCCAGGUGCCCAACAUGCAGGACAAGACAGAAUGGAAGCUGAGUGGCCAAGUGCUGAACUUCAGCCUGCCUCUCACAGACCAGGUGUCUGUCAUCAAGGUUAAGAUCCAUGAAGCCACUGGAAUGCCGGCUGGAAAACAGAAGCUGCAGUAUGAGGGAAUUUUCAUCAAAGAUUCCAACUCUCUGGCCUAUUACAACAUGAACAAUGGAUCCGUCAUUCAUCUGGCCCUUAAGGAAAGAGGAGGAAGGAAGAAGUAGAUCGCUCAUAUUCAUCAUCUCCGUUUCAAUCCUCAACAUUUAUUGUGGUUAUAACCCUACUACAUUUGUACACUUCAAAGAACUUGUGCUGUGCUCUGUAGAAAAACUGUAGUUAGAAGUAAUCAGUGUCUUGUGAUUAUCUUACCAAUGUGUUUUAAACAUUCAGUGUAUGAAUGAUUAAAUAAGACAACAUUUAAUAUUGGCAGUAGUCUCCUAGCAAACUGCCCUAUUUUUAGUUUCACUUUUCACUGAGGUGAUUGUGUUAAAUAUUUGAAAAUCUCAAGUUAAGCAUUGAAACAUUGCAUUUUGUUGGAUGCAAAAUAAAUACUUGUCUCUUAGGAAAACGUACCUAAUAAAUUUCAAUAAGA